GUUCAGCCAAUUGCUAGUUCGGAUCGACUUAAUUGAUUUAACCCGGUCGGGACGGACGCCACCGAGCCAGGUAUGGAGGCAACCUCGGACGCGGAGUCGGCGGCGGCCGUGGCCACGAUGCGACUGGGAGCGUAUGGCGGUGACGCGGAGGCGGUGGAGGAGGCGGCGGGGGAGAUACUGCUGCUGUGGGCUCUGCAGCAGCCGGCGGCGCAGCGGCAGAACGCCUUCGUUCGUCACUCCUCCCAAACCCUCGCUAUCGACGCUUGCGGACACUGCCUCACCGUCCUCCAGUCCCCUUCCUCCAUGAGCACGCCCGGCGUGACCGGGGCGGUGAUGUGGGACAGCGGAAUCGUUCUCGGCAAGUUCUUGGAGCAUGCUGUUGACUCAGGAACGCUGAGUCUCCAUGGAAAAAGGGUCGUCGAACUCGGCGCCGGCUGUGGCUUAGUCGGCUGUAUAGCAGCUCUCUUGGGUGCAGAUGUCAUGCUCACCGAUCUUCCUGACCGACUCAAACUCCUGAAGAAGAACGUGGAUCUGAAUGUGGAAGGAUGGAAUAAGCGUGGCUCAGCGAGAGUUAGCGUGCUUACAUGGGGUGAUGAUAUCGAUACGGAGCUCCUCGAUCCCAUGCCUGACAUUGGUUUGAUACAUAUUCUUGGAUCAGAUGUAGUCUACAGUGAAGCAGCAGUUGAGGAUCUUUUAUUGACAUUAAAGCAAAUUUGUGGGUGCCAUACAACAGUCUUUGUGGCUGGGGAACUCCGAAAUGAUGCUGUACUUGAAUACUUCUUGGAAGGUGCAAUGAAAGAGUUUGUAGUUGGUCGUGUCGAUCAGAGUCAAUGGCAUCCUGAUUAUCGUAGUGAUCGAGUAGCACUAUACAUUCUGGUGAAGAAAUGAUGAAAUGGUGCUAUCUGGACAAUCUUGAUCCAAUUGAUGUCAACAAUGCAUGCCUAGUUGCAGUCCUUGAGAGCAUAGAAGGGUUCGAUGCAAAAUAUUCUUUGUUUAUGGAUCUAUGAAGAGAGAUCACAGAACCUCUUCUUGUUUUUCACUGAGAGCUAAAAUGUAUUAGAACCUGACAUGCAACUCUGAGUUGAUUCUGUUUCAAAACAAGCACUAUGUGAGCAAUCUACUUCCCUUA